UAUGCAAUGUCCUUCGUUUCAAACCGAAACGUUAAUUUUCCACGUGGAUUCAGUUUUCAGAUGGUCGCCGAUUUCACAACCGUGAACGUCGCAUUUAUCAACCCCGGCUCGGAGACUUGACUGCAGCUCAGCUUUGGAAAUUAUCACCAUCUUUAACCGACAUUCACAAGGGAACUUGUUCAUUCAUCAUUUUCGAUCCACCAGAGUCCCAGUUGCGGUGGUAGACUUGUCCGUGUAGGUUCGGAACAACGGAUGGAAUUUCCAACGGUGGUAAAUUUAUACGAAAGGAUUCUAUAACUAACGAAAGUUCUUUAUCGAGGUUCGAACCCCAAGGAAGAACUGUAUCAUAUCCACAGUGGCUGUAUGGUGUAGCGGACAAAUUAUUUUGUCGACUCAUCUAUUUGUUACAUUCUUGUGAAGGAUACAACAUCGAAAUAUCAUUUGGAAAUCUUUUUAUCACUAUUUGCACAACUUUUGAAGCAAGAAGCUAAUGUACUGAAAGUCAGCCAAGUGACCGUGUCUUAUAUUUGCUUAUACCAGGCAUAAAUCGUAUAAUAAGGGAUCAAAGACCAUUCAUAUUCGCUGGAACAAAUAUUACAAAUCAUGUCGUGGAUAAAGAAGACAGUUUUAAAUGCCGUCGUGUGAAUAUUUAUUUCACUUGUUCAUUUCGAACUAAGAACUGUUUUCAGCUAAAUGCUUCUUGGUAUCAUCGUAUCAUCGAAUCUGUAUCAGUUAUCGAAUUCAAAUUGAAAUCUUUCUAAUGUCAUGAAUGUUAACCUGCGCUUCCCUUUGGAAUUGUAAAUCCAAGAUAUUUAUUACACAUUAUUUUCCUUUCGAACUGGGAUAUCAAUAAUUCAUUUGAUUUUAUUUAACUCUAGAUGGCCCAUGAUUAAGGGGGUACGUGUCUUACAACUUGAAUGACGAGAAACGAACUUGCAGUAGGUCCCUGUGUUAUUUUACAUUCGAUCGUUUAUGAUAUUUCAUCAUUAAUUGACCAACUGUAUAAUCCAAAUAGAUGACCAGUAUUGAUGAUUUCAAAAGGCUUCUUCCUUAAUGUCCUCAGUUCGUGACAUAAUCAGUGCGGCUGUCAAGAGAUAUCAAAGGAAGAGACCAUUUUCCAGAGCUUUUCGGUAACUUUUGUCGGUGACGCACUGGAGAGACAGUAACACCGUCAGUGUAAUCAGGUAACAAACGAAAGUACUCCUUCUCUAAGGAAAUGGAAGAACACACGAUAUAGAAAUAUUUGCAGGAGUAGGAAAACUUAAAAUCUUCAGGAAAUCCUUCAUUCUUAUUUUAACUAACCGACUUUCUUACAUCAAGCACUUACGUAGUUUCUGCAAUUUUAUAAGACUGAAAUAUUACGAAAGAAUUCUGUGAGAAUUGGAAACAGACAUAUAAAGAGGAUAAAAACCAAUUGAAGCCUGACAAAUUUACUGAUGAUUUUUUUUCAUUAUACAAGUAAUAACAGUAGUUUAGAGGAGGCAAAAGGCGGAGCAGAAAAUUUGUAUCCCCAUUUUCAACUCAAACUAUACGAUUCUUUCACGUGUUCGAAUCAUGCUCUCGAGAAACAAUGUCUGGAUGGUUCCGAAAUGGCUAAAAGCACGACCUGGAUUCAAAAUAUGCAGUUCGUAAGUGACCGGCAAGGGAUUUUCUGUUUAAUCCAGUGAUCUCUGUUGGGCGAUAUUUUAAUUACGAAUCGCACAAUAUAGAAGCUUGUAUCAGAACUUAGUGAUAUCGAUUCUGCCGAGGAAAGUCCCCGAACACAAACUGGAACAAGAUCAAGAGCAUGCAUGGAGAGAUCGAAUUCAUGUGUUCACUUGAUGGUUUAGUUUAAAGAGUAUCGGUGCUGCUAGGAAUGCCAUCAAGGUAACGGAUGUUUCCUCGGAUCUUUAUGAGAGGCAACUGAUAAGCUCCAUGUAUACUUGCAUGUGAUGUAAGAAUAUCAUAUUUUUGAGAUAUUUCCUAAAAGACUCCAAAUGUGCUCAGAGUCAGUGUUUGCCUGCUUUUAUAUAUUUGUCCACCGGGAAACAUACGAAGACGAUAUAUUCAAGUUUGCCUCGAAGUCUCGCUUUACAGAAGACCUUGAAAUGUUUUAACAGUGUUGCAUAUAUUUAAGAAAGAUAUCGUAAUCUGGAAACAACGUUCCUGUGUACGACUUUGGAGGUCAUUCAAGUUGUGAGCCUUGCUCUAAAAUGGAUGGAGUGAGCUAUUCUCGGGUAGGGAGCACACCCUAUCCAAUGCCGCCCGGUAACCAAUUUACCGUGGCUCUUGGAAACAUGAGCGAUGGCAACGUGACCAAUAGUAAUAUCCCACCGCUGGCGUUCCAAGACUACUUCGAAAUCUUUGUCCUGGUGGUGAUAGGUAUCUGCGGUGUGGUCGGCAACGGGACGUUGAUCUACAGUGUGCUGAUGAACAAGGACAUGCGGAGUGUUCCCAAUGUCCUCAUAGCUAAUGUUGCCGUAGGAGAUCUCCUAGUGUUGUCCUUCUCAGUUCCUUUGACCAUCCUGUCGUACAUCCAGGACGAUUUUCCUCUAGGACUCACCAUGUGCAAGGUUCAGGCGUUCAUCCCGGUUGUUUCGGAAGGUGUCUCUGUGUUCACUUUCACAGCACUUAGCUUCGACCGUUACAACGCCAUCGUCCGGCCCAUACAGAGGCGACGCAGCCCCGUGGUCCGUCGCACCUGCGUGGUGGCGGUCUGUAUCUGGGUGGUAGCCAUAUGCCUUGGGAUACCCUCCAUGUUUCUUGCCUACCUCAAUUACGAGAUGGACCCCUAUGUGCUCUGCUUUAUUCUGCCGCACUUCACCCUCCAAGCUCGAAUCCAUGAGGUCACCCGAUGCCUUGUCAUGUACGUUAUCCCACUCACUAUCAUCACGUGUUAUUACUGCCUCAUCGCAAUCCAGCUCUUUCAAAGUUCCCGAGACAUGCCUGGCGAAGGUCAUCAGGAAAGUAAGCAAGCAAGAGCUAGGAGACGUCUCGCCAAGGCUGUCCUUGUAUUGGUCUUUAUCUUCGGCAUCUGUUGGUUCCCGCACUUCAUGAGGAGGUAAGAACGAAUAUGAUUCCUAUAAUGUUCUUUAAAAUUAGUCUCAGUGAAUGAGCGUUGGUGGACAUCAGGGUACCUUAACCAUGGUAACCACUGGUAACAUAAUGUUUACAAUUAAAAACAAAAUAAUUUUAAAGACCAUUCCGCUUAGUUACGUUUUCAAAAAUCCAUAAAAAAUAGUGAUCUUAGUUGACCUUUGGCAAUUGCGCUUUAUUGCAAUUUUAUAGUUAUAUAUGUAUUUUCACAUGGGACCUUUGUUAUCAUAACAAUAUGCUGGUCGCAAUUAUGCAAUAAUCAAUUUCGCAUGAUACCAUAAGAUUUAACAGAUCAACUAUCAUAGUAUCACAUCUGGCUCUAUUCUAAAGUCGACCGCCCCUCCUUCAUUACGAUAAUAUUCAACAGUAAUAUUAUGGUUAUAUGAAAAAAUGAUAAUGUCCAGGUAUCUGGUCAAUGGUACUUACUAAUGAACGGUAAAAGUUAUGUAAAAUCAUACAGUCAGCUGGCACCACUCAACAAUGCGUUUAGUGGCGAUUAAAAGGGGUCGUAAUGGCCUGUUAAUUGUCUCAUGAAUAAAGUUAUGUAAGAGAGUACAAUGCCAGCAAGGCAAAUUCGAUAAAGUGAUAUUAAUAUUAAACUUUUUUUUUUUUGGGGGGGGGGGUUCGAUAUAAAGUGUUCUAAGCGUUGUAUACCCGGCAUCUCCAUCACCAGUUGGAGCUUGCUUCUAUAUGCGACUCAUGCACAUUUUUGAUUCCUUAGGGAAUAAUAUUUCAAUUACGGCGAUUUGAACUUUCAUAAUUCCGAUCCAGUAAUAUGCAUUCAUGUAUAUGUUAUCUCAUGCUAGAAACCUCUCAUGCGGAAGUUAAGUCUAACAUUGAAAAUGAUUGUCAUCCAUGUAAAUCCGUUUGAUAAAAAGAACAUAUUGGUUUCAUCGUGUUAAACAUGGAUAAAUAUAGAUUAGAAAUAAUCUUUCAAUUGUUUAUUGCAUUGAUUUCGAAAAGAAUUGAAACACCCCUCCCCCUCCCUUGAAUAACAUUAAAUGUAUGAAGGUAAGUUGUUUCAUCCCAUCUAUUUCGCUAUUCGAAAAGCUAUCUUCGGUCGACAGCAAUUAUCCUCUUAUCUGUAUCGUCUAUAUGUCGACACGGUUAAAUAUGUAAUUGAGAGUGUCAUUCUCGUAAUGACAUAUCAUUACCCGCGCUAUAUUGUUACUAGUAAUUUGUUGUCCUCGUAUCUUUAGUUGGACUAAUCAUUUACUUUACUCAAAGUGACAUCUUAAACGAAUGCUAUGAUUUUUCUUGGCAUGCGAGCGCUAUUUAUAUUUGAAUAUUUACCCCCCCCUCCCGUGCAGCUUGAUAAAAAGUGAUACUCACUUUUACUGUAUACUCCAUCGUUAACACGUUCCAAGUGAAGGACAGUUCAAGUAGAGGGAAUUAGAAAUAUUCUACCUAAGCCCUUUAUACUCACAAAGAGAAGAGAACGGAAGAAAACUAUACACGAUGAGCAAAAUAUAUACAUGUAAUAUCAAAGGGAACAAAUAAAAUUACAAAAUAGUGGAAGAAGAUUACUAUUAUGUAUUAAGAUAUAGAGAGGAGGCAAGUGAGUUCGAUGCGAAAAGGUGGAGAUAAAUCGGAAAAUGAUGAAUAAUUAUGUAAAUUGCUAGAGAGGGGGCCUAAUGAAAAGAGAGGAGAGAAUAAGUGCGAUCAUAAGGGUAUGUGGAUGAGCAUGAAUAUUUUCCUUCCAAGAAUGUAAUUCCAAAUAUUGGCAAUGGAUAAUAAGAUCACGUACUCAAUUCGCAUUUCUUGAAGCACCAGUUUCCAUUGCAUUUUCUAGCGGACUAUAUACCUACUUUAAUCACAUUUCGUUUUGAUAAAUUUUUCAUCUUUAAUGAUAGUAGCGGCGUGAAAUAACCUUGAACUUGUAAUUUCGUUGCUCCACUUCCUGCCGUCAAUGGCGCUUGCUCGUGUGUUUAUUUUACUUAUUACACCCACGUCAGAUCAGCCCAUUAAUAGUAUGCAUAUUGCCUUUAUAAUUUCCAUCCAUGCAUACCUAAUAUAAAACGUGGUUCUCAAACAAUGUACGGUCAGAAAGUAUGGAUGAACUAGUACAGACGAACGAAAACUGUCAAGCAUUGGCAUCAGUGGCGUAACUAUGGGGGGGGGGGGCACGUGCCCCCAAUCGGCUGGCCCUCCAAAACAGGGGGGAGGAGAAAAAGAGGGAGAAAAAAAGAGAAAUGUAAUGGGGGGAGAAAUUAGUGUUUAUUAUAUUAAAUCAUGUUAUAUUUUAUAUCACAUUAUAUUUUUUUCAUAACUUUAUGGAACAUAAUUUGCUUAGAGCUCAUGUGUUCGUCAUUCCUGGUGCUCGAAUUGUCUGUUUAAUGCGAUAAUAUAAUCCUGUUGUACUAUAACACCCCGUUAUCAAGUCAAUAUACACCAAACAUAUUUCCUCGUACUUCGAGUUAUCAUUGGUUUAUGUAAUGACAUAUGCUUCUUUUUCAUUACUACUUAAAGUGAUUGCCCCCUUUUAAGGUCUGAAUAUAAAAAGAAAUCCGUGCUUACGUUCGAAUUAAUGGGUUGGUAAGAUAUGUCUGCUCUUCAUGAAUUCAUAAAAACAGUCCUUAAAUGUCCUUUUUCUGGUAUGAAUAUAAAAAAAAUUUCAGCUCGCGCUUCUCGCUCGCAUCAUUUGGAUAGUAAAAUACAUAUGGUCUUAGUGAAUACCUACAACAUUUACAAGCAAGCCUUAGAAUGUCCCUCUUCAGGUCUGAAUGUCAAAAGCUUUCAGCUCGCGCUUCGCGCUCGCAAUAUUGAUUAGUGAGAUAGUAUAAUGUUCACGAUUACAAUGACUACAAAAAGUGCGUCAUGUGUUUAGGUGUAAUCCUAAAAAAAAUCAGCAAGCGCUUGGCGCUCGCAUUAGAUGACUAUGGUGAGAUAUGUAUGCUCUUCAUGAAUUCCUAAAAAUGGUCCUUAAAAUCUUCCUGUUUGGGUUCAGUAUAUGCACGAUUUCAGCUCUCACUUCCCGCUCGCAUUGUUUGUUUAGUGACAAAGGCACGUAUCAUGAUUACAACAAUCUGCUUAUAAUGUCCAUUCUUUUAGGUCU